AUGUACUCCAAGAGCGCAGUCGCUGCCAUCCUCCUCACCUCCGUCGCCGGAGUUCUCGGUGCCCCGGCCCCGGCAGAGUCUCAGCAGUCCUCACAGACCGCGACCGUUUCGCCUCCAGCUGCAACCCCCGAGCUGAGCCUGACGGCCCGACUGACGCUGGCUGAUACUGCCGCGGACCGCUAUGCCCUCCUGCCCGACGACAAGCAGUUUGUCUUCGACUUCAACCAGGAGCAGAAGGGCGCCGGCAAGGGCGGCCAGCUCGUCGCCGCCAACCGCAAGACCUUCCCCGCCCUCGUCGGCACCGGCGCCGGCAUGGCCGUCGGCCGCGUCGGCCCCUGCGGCAUCAACACCUUCCACGUGCACCCGCGCGGGGCCGAGCUGCAGAUCGUCGUCAAGGGCAGCCUCGUCACCGAGAUGACGCCCGAGAACGGGGUCAACAACGCGGACGGCACCCGCCGCGUCAUCAAGACCACCCUCAAGCCCUUCCAGAUGACGCCGUUCCCGCAGGGAAGCGUCCACGUCCAGUUCAACGACAACUGCGACGAGACCGUCUUCGUCGCUGCCUUCCCCAGCGAGGACUUUGGUACCGGCCAGGUGGCGGAUGAGCUGUUUGCUGCCGCCGACGACGACCUCGUCGCUGCCGUCCUGGGACAGUCCAUCGACGGCGCCCAGGUCGACAAGAUUCGCAAGGCCAUCCCCAAGAGCAUUGCUCAGGGAGUGGAUUCGUGCCUCAAGAAGUGCAACAUCCCGAAGCGGUCUCUGUAA